AUGAACGCCUCUGCUGUGUUUAUUGUUGAUCAGGAUUGGUUCAACAGAAAUGAAAACGAUAUGAUGCUCAACUCAACUUAUCCAUGCGAGCAAGCCAUGGUUGAGAGUGUUCUGAUUUAUGAAAAAAGGCGAUGCAACUGUUCUAAAGGAUAUGAGGGUAACCCUUACAUUGCUAAUGGGUGCCCAGGUAUGUUAGUAACAGUUUUUGGUGUGUUCUUACCUAGUCUCGGUAGUUAUAAUGUUAUGAGAUCACAUGCAUGUGUUAUCUUAGUUUUUACCAUUCGAUGUAAAACCCCCUUGGUUCCAACAUUGUGUUUUUCCUCUUCAGAUAUCGAUGAGUGCUUACGGCCAGAUAUUUAUCCCUGCCAUGGAGCAUGCAUCAAUAUGCCAGGAACAUACAGAUGCUCAGCAAAGAAAAGAAUCAUCAGCUUAGCAGGUCUAAUUACCAUAAUAGCAAUCGUUGCUGGUUUUGGACUACUAUUUUCACUCCUAGGUGUUGCCCAAGUCACAAAAAAACUCAAGAAACGAAGAGCCAAGAAGAUCAGACACAAAUUCUUUAAGAAAAACCAUGGACUGCUUCUACAACAGUUAAUCUCUUCGAACAAAGAUAUAGCCGAAAAGAUGAAGAUUUUCAGCUUAGAAGAUCUAGAACAAGCAACCAACAAAUUUGAUCAUAAUCGGAUCCUUGGUGGCGGUGGGCAUGGCACGGUGUAUAAAGCCAUCUUAUCUGAUCAACGUGUCGUGGCCAUCAAGAAGGCCAAAAUUGUUGUGCAGAGGGAAAUCGACCAGUUCAUAAAUGAGGUUGCCAUACUUUCACAGAUAAACCACAGGAAUGUGGUGAAACUUUUUGGUUGCUGUCUCGAGACAAAAGUUCCUCUACUAGUUUACGAGUUCAUAUUGAAUGGAACUCUCUCUUGUCAUCUCCAUGGCAAAAGUGAGAAUCAUUUGUCAUGGAAAGCUCGAUUGAGGAUUGCUUUGGAAACUGCAAGGGCUAUUGCAUCUCUACACUCUGCAGCUUCCAUAUCAGUAUACCAUAGAGAUAUCAAAUGUGCCAAUAUUCUACUUACUGAUACUUUAAUAGCAAAAGUAUCAGAUUUUGGUGCUUCGAGGUCAAUUGCAAUAGACGAGACAGGAAUACUUACAGUUGUCCAAGGAACCUAUGGUUACCUUGAUCCUGAAUACUACUACACGAGUCGAUUGACGGAGAAGAGUGAUGUUUACAGUUUUGGUGUCAUCCUAGCAGAGCUAUUGGCAAGUGUCACGCCAGUUUUUUCUUACCAUUCAUCAGAAGGAACAAGCCUAGCAUCGCACUUUGUAUCACUAAUGAGCGGCAAUCGCUUGUCAGUUAUUCUAGAUACACAAAUUAUUCAUGAAGGAGGAGUUGAAGAUGCUGAGGUGGUUGCAAGACUUGCACAAGCAUGCUUAAGCUUAAAAGGGGAAGAAAGACCUACAAUGAGGCAAGUGGAGACAACACUUGAAGAUGUGCAUAACUCAAAGGUCAAGCUCAGUUCUCAGAUAACAAGAGUGAAUCAGAGUGCUAUGAAAGAUCAGCCAUGGAUGGGGAACAAAGGCGGUGAAGGAACUAGGUUAUACAGCUUGGAAAAGGAGAUUAUCCAAUCAUCCGAAAUUCCUAGAUGAGUUUACUUGCAUGGUAAAAUGAGUCAGGUAGUAUUGUUAGUUUGGGUGCCAUGGUACAUGCCACAUGUAAAUUUCUUAAUCAACAGCCGAAUGUAAAUUAUGAACGGUUGAUUGUAAUCAUAUGUGUAUUUCCUAUG